AUGUCAAACAAUUCGGGUCCUAGUGUGCACGCUUCAGUUCUCCAAUUUCUGAUCAAUCAUGGUUAUAAAGAGACUAUAGCGGCGUUUAGACGAGAAGCCAGACAGCACCUUGACUUAAGUUCCUCAGAAGACAUUUCAGAGAGUCAGUUAGUUGCUGAUUUGUCGAAAUUGCAGAUUCAAAGGUACUCUGACGAUUUGAUAGACGGCGAUGGCAAUUAUUUUUCAAAGCUGACCUAUGAUUUUGAUGAUAUACACUAUAACAAUAUAUUAGCUGUUGCUGUCAACCCCCAUACACAUGCUGUCGCAACAAGCUCAGUAGAUAAAACGGUCAAAGUUAGUACUAUGCUUUGCAAAACAGAUGCAGGCAUAAGUCAAAGAACUUAUCGUCAUCACACCGCGCCUGUAUUAAGCAUAGAUUUUCAUCCUUCUGUACCGCAUUUGUUAUUGACUACAUCGAUGGACGGUUCAGCUGUGCUGGUUGAUACUGCCUUUGAAGCAGAUUUUGGUGAAGAUGUUGAGAAGUCAGGCAUCCAUCAAAUGUUUAAGGAUCAUAAAAAAUAUGUUGUACGCGGUCUGUUCUCGCCGAAUCAAGGAAAAUUUAUCGCUACUGCCUCUUAUGAUCGUACGGUUUGCAUUUAUGCUGUGGAUGACAGAGACAAUGCUCAAGAAGAUUCACUGCCAAACUAUAAGCUGAUAAAACAGUUGGGUCCCUUCAUUGGCAAUGUCGAAACCAUUUGUUUUGUCAAUGAAACAACACUGGUGAUAGGUGUUCGUGAUGAUAAUUAUCUCCAUUAUAUCAAUUUAGAAAAUUGGCAAACAAUACGCGUCAAUAUGAAUGCAACAGGCGAUGAUUGGGUAUCAUUUUCUCCCCUUUGCUUAUCCGUCUCUCCUGAUGGUAGUAAGCUGCUAUGUACAACAGAUCAUCAAAGUGGCAGAACAAUCCUUUUUCAAGUUGGCGAAGCUAAGCAAUUGAAAAAUUACUACAUCAAUUCGACUGACAAUAAGUUUGCCACAAAAAAGCAUGUAUGGCAUCCUUCUGGCCUCUACUUUUAUGCUUCAGGCAAUGAUGACAACUCAAUAUCAGUUGUUGAAAUCAAAACAGGACGUAUCGUAGCUACCUUAUCGGGCCAUAAAGCUAUGAUUCGUUCAUUGACCCUCAGCAAUGAUAUCGGCCUAAUAAGUACUGGCUUUGAUAAUACACUCAAAGUAUGGUCUAAACCGAUGGAAUUGAUCCGUUAA